AAAUUAGUUUUAUUUUUUGAUAACAAUCAUUAUGUAUAACAUUCCGGAAUAAGCUUUUACAAGCUUGCUGCUGAAAAUGAUAGAGGCGGGCAACGCUGAAACCGCAAAAGUGGAAACUACAGCGCCGGCGAGCCCGGACAUAACAAAAGAUGAGGAAGACGUAGCGAGACCCGAGGCGACGUUUCGUUUCACUGUCCAAAACAUCAGCCAGUUAAAAGAGCAGGUUCUCUCACCACCAUGUUACGUGCGGUGCCUUCCUUGGAAGAUCCUGAUCGUCGUGCGUCACACCUCAACACCGGAGCGGCAGCAGCAGAAAGCAUUGGGCAUAUUCCUCCAGUGCAAUGGUGAUUACGACACGCCAGGGUGGUCUUGCUAUGGGUUGGGAGAACUGAAACUGCUCUCCCACAAGCCCGAUGGAGAGCAUUUGUGUCGAAAACUUCAUCAUAUGUAUCAUUGCAAAGAAGAUGACUGGGGAUUCGCCCACUUCGUCUCGUGGGACGAUCUGAUGGAUGUAGAUAAUGGUUUUGUCAAAGAUGACUCUAUAAGCGUUGAAGCUCAUGUAGUCGCGGAAGCACCUCAUGGCAUAUCCUGGGACUCAAAGAAACAUACAGGAUAUGUUGGGCUCAAAAACCAAGGAGCGACAUGCUAUAUGAAUUCUCUUCUUCAAACAUUAUUCUUUACGAAUGUUCUACGGAAGGCCGUGUACAAGAUCCCAACCGUUGGAGACGACAGCAGCAGAUCAGUAGCUUUUGCUCUGCAAAGAGUGUUUUACGACCUUCAAUUCUCUGACAAGCCUGUUGCUACAAAGAAAUUAACAAAAAGUUUCGGCUGGGAAACACUGGACUCUUUUAUGCAACAAGAUGUUCAGGAAUUCUUGCGUGUGCUCCUGGACAAGCUGGAAAGUAAAAUGAAGGGAACAGUCGUCGAGGGGACAGUGCCCAAAUUGUUCGAAGGCAAGAUGACGUCGUUUAUCAAGUGCAAGAAUGUUAAUUGCACCAGUACCCGCGUGGAGACGUUCUACGAUAUACAGCUUAGUGUUAAGGGAAAUAACAACAUCUACGAAUCAUUCAAAGACUACAUAAGCACGGAGCUCCUGGACGGCGAGAACAAAUACGACGCUGGAGAACACGGUCUGCAGGAGGCCGAAAAGGGAGUCAGGUUCGACGUGUUCCCCCCGGUGCUGCACCUCCACCUCAUGAGGUUCCGAUACGACCCCCAGAGCGACGCGUCUAUCAAGUUCAAUGACCGGUUCGAGUUCUUCGAAGACAUAAACUUGGACCCGUACCUUCAAGAAAUCCCGACGACUCCUGCGCAUUACACGCUCCACGCGGUACUGGUACAUUCGGGGGACCACCACGGUGGGCACUACGUGGUCUUUAUAAAUCCUAAAGGAGAUGGAAAAUGGUGCAAGUUCGACGACGAUGUGGUGUCCCGAUGCAGCAAACAGGAGGCCAUCGAAUACAACUUCGGCGGCAAAGAGGACGCGCCCUACCUCGCCAGGAGGGCCACGAGCGCCUACAUGCUCAUAUACAUACAGACCUCGCAACUGAAAUACGUGUUGCAAGACGUGACCGAGAACGACAUCCCGAGCGACCUCUCCGAGCGCAUCAACGAAGAGAUGCGAUACGAGAUGGUAAGGACAUGCGGCAGAAAAAUAAGGUGCCGGAAAUAUAAAUCUGACACGUCCGUGAACUCUGCAAAGUACUACUCGAAGAUUUUCACAGCAUUAAAACAGUUCUUCACUUUGCAGGCCAUACCCGGCUCUAAAUGUAAAGGAAGAUAG